UCGAUCAAUUAAUCGAACGUCGCCCAUCCCUAACCGUGAUUCCUAGUGAACGCACAUAAUCAUGAUCCUGCUUGAAAUACACAACAGGAUACUCGAGGAAACUUUAACGAGCAAAAUCAAGAAUGCUCUGUCGGGACACAAGCAGGAGUCCACAGAUGUUGUCAUAGCAGAUUUUGAUGGGGUGUUGUUUCACAUCUCCAACUUGAGUGGAGACAAGUCAAAGCUUAGGAUAAGUAUUCUGCUCAAAUUUUAUAAACAAUUGCAAGAAUAUGGUGCGGAUGAGCUGCUCAAACGAGAAUACGGGUCUCAUUUUAUUGCACCAGAAAGCGGUUAUAACGUGUCGGUGCUCAUAGAUUUAGAGAAAUUGCCGGAGGAUUGGGAAGCAUUAGUGAGGAAAGUGGCCUUGUUGAAGAGGCAUUGCUUCGCCAGUGUCUUUGAAAAAUAUUUCGACUUCCAGGAAGGAUAUUGCGAUUCUCCAGACGGACCUGUGCAAAAGAGAGCUGUUAUUCAGUAUCGAGAUGAAGAAACAAUGUACGUGGAGGCUAAGAGCGACAGAGUCACAGUAGUGUUUAGCACGAUAUUCAAGGACGAGGACGAUAUGGUGAUAGGCAAAUUGUUCCUUCAGGAAUUGAAGGAAGGCAGGCGAGCCAGCCAUACCGCGCCACAAGUGUUAUUCAACCAUCGCGAGCCACCGUUAGAACUGCAAGAUUCUGAGGCGGCGGUCGGAGACUGCAUUGGCUACAUUACGUUCGUGCUGUUUCCACGUCACACCAAUAGAGACGCUCGCGACAACACCAUCGACUUGAUACACAUGUUUAGGAACUACUUGCACUAUCACAUUAAGUGCAGCAAGGUUUACAUUCACUCGAGAAUGCGCACCAAAACGACAGACUUCCUCAAAGUUCUGAAUAGAGCGAGGUCUCAGUCCAAGAACACUGAGAAAAAGACUAUUACAGGACGGACAUUUAUUAGGAAAGAGUGAACGCGCCGAGGAAUCAAGAGUGCUAACCUGUUUUUAAGAAGACAGAACGAGAAAUUGCGCGACUAUAGCACGAUCGGAAACAACCGACUCGUAAAGGAGAGUCUUUCGCGAGAGGCGUCCUUUGCCUCGCGCGUUUUCGACGAGAUGAGCGGAAUUUGGAGAUUUCUGAGUUUUUUUUCUUUUUUUUUAACCUGUUUGUCGAACGCUGUACACUUACGAACGACGUAACGCCGCGUUGAGAGAGCAAGUUCAUCGUUAUCUCGCUCAACGCGAUGAUAAUUUCGAUUUACAACAGGAACAACACUCGGAUGACGUAUACGCUUCCACCGAUUACGUUGACAGUUGCUACUUUUAUCGGGAAAAUUAUCGUUAUCGUGAAUGUCGCUUUCGUCGCGAAAACGUUCUGUCAAUUUUUUUUACAGCGAUUUAGAAUUAAAAUUAUAAACACACCACAACUGGCUGAAUUUUUAACGAGAAACUUGCAUUCCAUUAUGUACACACACACACACGACGUAGCUUGUUACUUCUAACGACGAAAUUGUCACACGUUACAUCUGACGUUUUGAUCGAACACAACGCAUAAAAAAAAACAAAACAAAAAUAGAUAAUAUCGUUAAGUAAUACGAACAAAAAUCGUGAGAGGUAAACGAUUGAGGUAAACGUAAACUUUUUUAGUCUAUCGUAUCUGUGAUUUCGGAUUGUCACAAAAAGUUUCAUACUACUAUACACAUAUUUAAGCCAGAAAUAUUAAUUAAAAAAGAAAAAACCAAUUUACUAAUAAUUACUUUCCGCAUUUUCUAGCUCGAUAAAAUUUAUCGCAACAGAUAAACCGCGCGCUAAAUUGAUACAAUCUUUCCCCUUUUCGAUGUUUUUAUCGUCUCCACUUAAUUAUUGUACUAAUUAAUUAUAU